GGAGUCCUGGAGGGACAGGAGGAGGACAGAUAAGUGUGUGUGUAGGCUGAGGCAUAGCAUACAGUGUGUGACAGUCAUAUACUGACUUAGAGAUGAGAGAAACAGAGUGUGGGCGGGACAAUGAUGGUGGGUGUGGUUUCAUAAAAGCAUCCUCACCAAUGAUCCUCUGUUGAUGUGCUUCUAACGGUGACCUGUGGCUAGCCCCUCCCCCAGCCAGUUGUUCUGUCUCUGAGGACCCUAGUCUGAACAUCACCUAUCAGUCUAUCACUACUCUCCUUUGACACCUUCACCAGUCCUACCCAGAAGUCCUUCCCACAGGACGUCCAUCCAUCAGGGAUACUUGUCAACCCAAGGACCAAGACCGCCAGGAACAGGGGUAAUAGAAGGAGCAGCCAGCCUUAGUGAGCCGUCCCUGGGGUCAGCUCGAAAGGUUGAUGGAGGGUUAGGGACAGGGUUAGGGACAGGUGCACCUGUUGUCUUACUAUCUGUUGGAGCCGACCCAGACACCAGAGCCUCACAGCUGGCCUGGAGACAUACUGUAAAUGAGUUCCACUUGGACAGACAAACACCAGCACCUUCUGAGGUAGUUUUACCCUUUAUAACUCAAGGAGGAUUUUAUAAAGGAUUUAUGAUACUCUCCCAAUUCAUGUCAGGGAAAAGGAGUAUAACUGUUUGACUCCUGAGCAGAAUGAAUCAUCUGGCUCACCACAGUGAAAGAUGGGGUCUAGGCCUAAUGGUUUGUUCAUGAUGUAUCUUCUGAAACUCUCAUCGUGAACUAUGGAACACUCUGGUUCACCUCUGACCCCCGACCUCAAUGAUACUACAGCCAAUGACAGCCUGUGGUGGGGGCUGGGGUCGCCCCUCCCCUCAGCCCCUAGCAGACAGCUGGGCACCUUGCCCAACGCUCAGACCCGCUUCAAGGACCUGUCAGGGAUAUUGUUCAUGGUGACCCUGAACGUGGUGGCCCUGCUGGCUAACACAGCCGUGCUGGUGGUGGUGGUCAAGGCCCCACACCUCAGGAAGUUUGUCUUUGUGUGCCACCUGUGUGCGGUGGACCUGCUGUGUGCCGUGCUGCUCAUGCCCCUGGGCAUUGUGUCCAACUCGCCGUACUUUGCCAGCGUAGUGUUCACAGUGCUGGAGUGCCAGGUUUACGUCUUCCUCAACGUGUUCCUCAUCGCAGCCUCCAUCCUCACCAUCACGGCCAUCAGCGUGGAGCGCUACUACUACAUCGUCCACCCCAUGCGCUACGAGGUGAAGAUGACCCUGAAGCUGGCCUCAGCUGUCAUGGUCCUGGUCUGGGUGGCCUCAGCCCUGCUGGGGCUGGCCACUGUGUUCGGCUGGCCCAGCUACAGCAGCCUGAGCUCCGUCAGCGCCGCCCACUGCUCCCUCCACUGGAGCCACAGCGGCCACCACCGGGCCUUCUCUGUCCUCUUCACAGUGGCCUGUUUCUGCCUGCCUACUGCGGUCAUCUUCACUGUGUACUGUAACGUCUAUAAAGUGGCCCGCGUGGCGGCUAGACAGCAUGGACUGUUACCGUCCUGGACGGCCAGUCAUCCUAAACACCGCUCGGACUCCAUCAGCAGCCAGUCCACCAUCAUCACCACCCGCAGCGCCCCCAGGAGGCUGCACCACCACAGGCCCUUCGGCGGGGGCAAGGCCGCCCUUACCCUGGUGGUCAUUGUGGGCCAGUUCCUGCUCUGCUGGCUGCCUUACUUCUCCUUCCACCUGCACCUGACUAUCAACAACCCACCCAAAAUCCCCGCCGACCUGGAGGAGACCAUCACCUGGCUGGCGUACUCCUCCUUCGCCGUCAACCCUUUCUUUUACGGGCUGCUGAACCGCCAGAUCAGGGAGGAGCUGUGUAAGCUACGGCGCUGCUACUCCACCCAGCCCGUCGAGCUGGCCAUAUCCAGCGGCCACGAGGGCUCGGCCCACGAGAACUUCCUGCAGUUCCUCCAGAGGACCAGCUGUACGGUGGAGACCAGAGCCAGCUUCACCUGCACAUCCAGCCCCAGGAAAACCCUGGACCAGACUGGGCAGCAGACGGCUGGCUUCAGGAUACCUGGGCAGAUACCUGAGGAUUUCAGUUAAAACGCCCCUGAUAUACUAACCUGGUCCCCACUUAUAUACGGUCACUGUAUUGACACUGGUACCUGUCUGCUGUAAUGGCAGAAGAGUUAAGUUAAAACUGUUAAGCCUGGACAAGACUGGGCAGACGGCUGGGUUGAAGAUACCAUGGCAGAUACCUAAGGAGUUCAGUGAACAGUACUUGUAAAUACUGUACACAUGCCAUGCCACUGGCAUCUACUGUAGUUGACUGCUGUAAUGGCUGUGCCAACUGCUCCAGGACUACUGACCUAGAGCAGCAGCACUAGCCUGUUCCCAGAUCUGUUGGUGUUGUCUUGCCAACUCCUAUUUUUACGUGUGACAAUGGCCAAAGGAGUUGACAAGACAAAACAAACAGAUUGUACUAGACUACAUCAGCACUAGGACCAAUGAAGGACUUCAACCUCAAGCCAGUGGGGCAACAGUACUACCACCUACACACUGCCCUUAAUUUAAGACAGCACUUGGAAGGGACCACAAGUAGAGGGUUUUUCUUUUGAUGUUUCCAGUUUGUUAAUUUGAUUGAGUUUGUUCUGUAUCCAGAGAUGAGUCCAGACUCCAGCAUAUAACUGAAGUGCAUUAUGUCCUGAAAAAUACUGUUUUCUCAAUUAUGAAUUGUUCUUUCUAGCUACAACUACCACUAAUAGAGAGACUAAUACUGCUACCUACUACCAACCUUUCCAAUCACCUAUAUUACUACAUAUUCUACUACUACUACACAUCUACCAGUACAAAUGAAUACUUGAAUAAUUGUAUUUCCACUGUAUUAUAUAUUCACUUUCUAUUUAUUAUUUAUUCAAUGUGCAAUACAGGGAGCAUUCAACACUUUAAGUGUAACAGUUGAGUUAUUUAUAUUACACAAUAUCAAACUUGAUAAUUUUACUAUUCUCGGUUCUCGGUUGAGGUUUAAUUGCAAUAUUCAUAACUAUAUACAGUAUGUUUCUUACAAAACAAUAUGUUAUUAUAAGUUAUCAUAAAUUAAAGCACAUUGCA